CUCGCGCUUUGCGCUGAUACCCAUUUAAUAAUACAACUCGCUUGACAUACUCGGCCUUGGCCUAUUCGCAGCGAUAUUCUUGUGCCUGGCAGCAGUAACUAAGCAAAGCGUGUGACUCGGCGCUCCGCAUCAACUCGGAGCUGUUCCCCCUCUAAUCGACCGCAUACGAAUCGGAUCCGUCGAAAGCCACAAUGGCACCCAAAUCGAACAAGAAGGCCGUGGUGGAGAGGGAGCCCACUCCAAUGAGCACAUCAUCUGCUCCUGCGGACUCGAGCUCGGAGGCUGAGUCGAGUAACCAGAGCGGCAGCGAAAGUGACAGCGAUAGCAGCACUUCCUCCACCGAGAGAGCUUCUAACCAAAAGACUACCCGCAAUGUGUCUAUCUCCGCGCCCCAACCCUACAAGCCUCCUUCCGGAUUCAAAACCUUGAAACAACAAGCGCCGCCCAAAUCCAAUGUCUCCUCCCUGCUGGCUGAUCUUCGCGGCAAGCAAGUCUUCCACAUCACGGCGCCAGACUACCUGCCUCUUUCCAAGGUCGAGGAAGUCUCAUUGGCCAAGAUCAUGCAGGGCAAGCCAGUCUUAAAGCACAAAGGCGUGCAGUAUGGCAUUCCGGUGGAGAGCAUAACGCAGCCUGACCUGGGUGGGAAGGCGCUUCAUCUUUACGACUCGAAGAACAAGACGUACUACAGCACCAACGCCAGCAACAUCCCCAGCUAUCACAUUCAGGAAAUAGUCGACGUUCCCGAAGUCUCCGAGGAGACCAUCAUGCAAGCCGUGAAGGAACAGGUCAAGCCUCCGCGGAAGCACCCCAAACACCUGAAGAUGCGUUUCCGGCCAGUCGGAAGCGGCACGGCCCCGCCGGAGACGCUCGGCUCCAGUUCGGAAGAGUCAGAAGGGGAGCAGCCCACGUUCAAGGUUCCCCGGACGUUGGAGAAGGAGAGGGAGGAGAGGAAGCGCAAGAGCCACCCUACCGAGGCGGAGGGAAACCAGGCCGAGGCUAGUGUGCCUCGUAAGAAGUCGAAGAAGUCGUCCCAGGAGGCCGGUGAAGGCGAGGAGAAGAAGAAGAAGUCCAGCAAAAGCCGAGAGGAGAAGAAGCGAAAGAAGUCCGACAAGGCUUAAAGAAAUCACCGACUUUUCCCUUUUCUUUUCCUGUCAUGUUCUUUCAUCAAAAGUUGGCAUUAUUAGAUGGGAUGUUUUUGCUAUACUUCUAAGGCGUGGGGCAUUUUCUGACGAGCCAGCUGAAUUCUACGUUGCACGCCAGUCAUGGGUGUGUUUGUACAUAAGUCCAGAGUUAGAUCUCAUGUAUAGAACUCGAGUAGUGAGUGGUCCAGUGCAUCGAGCCGACUCUGUACCGCGUCCAAGCUCACAGCUGUAACAGUUGAAGGCCCGGCGAACGGACGCUAGCCCAGAU